ACUAGCAUGGGACCUUGCAGUAGCUGGUGUGCUUCGUACAAACUCUGGAUCCUUCUUUUAAAUAUCUUAUUUUCCAUAGUAUCUGCAUUACCACAUAAUACAACCAACAAGGGUCACAAAAACGCCUGUAAUUUGAUUGAUAGCCAUGGCGGCUACUGCUAAAUCGCUUCAGAUUGUUAUGUUUCCAUGGCUAGCCUUUGGUCACAUGAUUCCAUACUUUGAACUUGCCAAACGCAUCGCUCAAAAGGGUCACAGAAUCUCUUUCAUUUCAACUCCCAGAAACAUCCAACGCCUUCCCAAAAUCCCUCCGAAUUUAUCUUCCUUGAUGAAUUUUGUGAGCCUCGCUUUACCCCGUCAGGAUAAUCUUCCACAAGACGCAGAGGCCACUAAUGAUUUGCCACUUCACAAAAUCCCAUAUCUUAAAAUUGCCUACGAUAAUCUCCAAGAUUCCUUGGCUGAAUUUUUACAAAAAUCAACUCCAGAUUGGAUUAUUUACGACGCUAUGCCUUACUGGUUACCACCCAUAACAGCCAAGCUUGGAAUCUCCAGCGUCUUCUUCAGCAUCUUCCAGGCUUGGACCAUCUGUUACGGUGGACCAUCAUCGUCUGCCAUGAUCAACGGCAAGGAUCCACGGACUAAGCCGCAAGAUUUCACGGUUCCUCCGAAGUGGGUAUCGUUUGAUACCAGAGUUGCGUAUCGGCUUUACGAGGCGAAAAAAUUUUUUGGUCACUUUGAGAUGAACGAUUCGGGAGUCACAGAUAUCGUUCGUGUGGGGACGGUAAUGGCGGGUUGUGAUGUGAUAGCUGUAAGAAGCUGCAUGGAGAUUGAAUCAGAGUGGAUAUACCUCGUGGGAGAGCUUCAUGGUAAACCAGUUCUUCCUAUAGGGCUGUUGCCACCCACAGCUCACGAUAGCAGAGACGCUAAUGAAGAUAGCACCUGGCUUACAAUUAGCGAGUGGUUAGGGAAACGGGGGAGAAAGACGGUUAUUUAUGUUGCCUUUGGAAGCGAGUUGAAUUUGAGUCAAAAUGAGUUGACUGAGUUGGCUUUGGGGCUCGAGUUAUCCGGAUUACCUUUCUUUUGGGCGCUGAGAAAUCGGGAUGAAACGAUAGUUCUUCCAGAUGGGUUCGAGGAAAGAGUGAAGGGAAGAGGAGUGGUCUGGACGAGUUGGGCACCUCAGCUCAGGAUAUUAGCUCAUGAAUCGGUGGGAGCAUUCUUGACUCACUGUGGAUUUAGUUCAAUUACAGAGUCGCUUUACUUUGGGCAUCCAUUGGUUUUGCUACCUUUCUCCAUGGACCAAGGGUUGAUUGCUAGAGUGUUUGCCGAGAAGAAGGCGGGGAUAGAGAUAGCGAGAAAUGAGGAAGAUGGAGCAUAUACACGGAAGUCGGUGGCGGAGGCGUUGAAGUUGGUGAUAGUUGAAGAAGAAGGAAGAAUUUACAGAGAGAAAGCAAAGGAAUUGGGGGUUUUAUUUGCAGAUGAAGAACUUCACGAUCAGUACGUUCACAAAUUUGUUGAGUUUCUGCAGAAUCAUAGACAAGUUUCUGAUCAAUGAAGAUGAAGAUCAUCAUGUAUUGUUGGCAUUAUGAAAUAUGUCAAAAUUAGCGUCUCGUGAUUUUGUGAAAGAUAUUACUUCUGGAUUUUUUAUUGUUUAUUUUAACACUUGAAAUGUCGACCACCAGAUAAUGCAUGUUCUCUGACAUAGAAGUCUCGUUCGAACUAUGUCUCACUGCGUCCAGGCUCUA